AUGGCUACUUCCUGUUCAUUCUAGCCUAGUAUUAAGGUAACAGGCAUCUAAGACUUGGGCUACAGAUCUCCGAUAAAUGAGCAGAGCUUUACUGGUUGGGAAAGAAGUGCGAACCAAUUAUGAGAAUAAUGGAUUGGAUCUACAGUUCUUUCUAACCUCUGUACCACUGCUGCCUCAUUAAGUGCAAUUAUGGAACCCUCUCUCCUGGGACUUAAGAAGAUAAACAGAAAGGCUCCAUACAAACAACCUUUAGGGUUCAUAGAAUCCUAGUAUUGGGAAUCCGGGUCUUUGGAAAUUAUCUGUCCCACACUUGGACCUUCUCUCCAUAUAUACCUGAGAGUUGAGUCUCCUAGCCUUUGCUUAGAUACUUCCAGUGCUGGGAAACUUACUCUAACAAAGUAAUCCAAUUUAAUUCCUAAGCACUGUAGGAAAAAUGUUCCUAAUUGUGAACCUAAAUCUAUCUUCCUGUAACAAGCCAGUACUUGAACUUUGGCCCUCUCGAGCCCUGCUACUUUGGGUUCUGAGCCCCUGGUGCCGGCGGGCAGUAUCUACAGAACAUUUAUGUAAGGUCUUAAAUUUCCUCAGCUCUAACCAGUUUCAUAACUAAUCAUUCUGCUGCACUGGGCAUUCCCAGCAUGAGCCGCUAUCAUGUGGUCAAUCAGCCUCCUUUGAAGGAGGGGCUCCACACUGUCUUUAAGAAAAGGGGGAGAGAAGAGGCUUCAUUCUUCACUGGAACAUCAGCUCCGACCCAUUUCUCUGGACCGCAACUGCGGCUGGAGCUCCUAAGGGAUGCAGAAGCUGUGGAGAUGUGGACCUCAUGUCCUUCUGGCCCAUUUACCCAGCUAAGGAAAAGUGAUGAAAGGAUCAAGGGGGAAAAAAAGAAACUUCUGUUCCUGUGGAACAAGGCGGAUGGCAGAGACUGAGAAUUUGGGUUUGUCCAGUCAGGAGACUUGAGACUCUCUGGGUUCUGGAGUCAAGCGGUGAAGAAGGGAUGGCGAGGCAGCGUUGCGCGUGGCUCGGAUUCUCGCAGCCUCUGGGGGUGCUGAUGGAGUUGGUGGGAUGGCCUUUGCCAGGUUAGAGAAACACUGAACAUGAGGCGGGUCUGGUGGCUGUGAUUUUUGUCCGAGACCAAAGGGUAGGAGGGGGGAGGAAGGAAAGACACGUCGGGGAUUCCUCUGGGCACUAACUGGCGAGAACAAUGAACUGAAGCAGCAAGAGGCAGCUGGUGGACUUGGAGAAAUCCCUCCGGGUGAGGAAUUGGAAAAUUCCAGUUCAUCCGUGUUGCUAGUUUCACAUUCCCAGCUUCUUGCUCUUAACCCAGAAUUAUGCCGAUGCCGGGUCAACAGAAGCGGCUGUUUAACUCUCUGAACGCCACUUCCCCGGACGCCCUCCACCAGGUGGUCCCCGCCAACCGGACGGACUUCCCGUGCCAGGUGCUCUUUGUGCCCAAUGCGCUUUUCCUGACACUGGGGCUGCUGAGCCUGCUGGAGAACAUCAUGGUGGUGGUGGCCAUCACCAAGAACCGCAACCUGCACGCCCCCAUGUACUAUUUUGUCUGCUGCCUGGCUCUGUCGGACCUUCUGGUGAGUGUCAGCAACCUGCUGGAGACCGUGGUGGUGCUGCUGCUGGAGAGGGGGCUGCUGGCCAUCCAGGCGCCCGUGGUGCAGCGGCUAAACAAUGUCAUUGAUGUGUUGAUCUGUGGUUCCAUGAUGUCCUCCAUUUCCUUCCUAGGAGCCAUCGCCGUGGACCGCUACAUCAGUAUCUUCUAUGCCCUGCGCUACCGCAGCAUCGUCACGCCCUGCCGGGCCCAGGGGGUGCUCGCCGGCAUCUGGGUGUCCAGUGCCCUGUCGGGCACCCUCUUCAUCUCCUACUACAACCACGUGGCGGUCCUGCUCUGCCUUAUCGGCUUCUUCUUGUCCAUGCUGGGGCUCAUGGUGGUCCUCUACAUCCACAUGUUCAUCCGGGCAUGCCAGCACGCCAGGAGGAUCACGCGGCUGCACAAGAGAUACCCCGUGCACCAGCUGUCGAUCCUCAGAGGGGCUGUCACCCUCACCAUCCUGCUGGGCAUCUUCUUCCUCUGCUGGGCCCCCUUUUUCCUGCACCUCACGCUCAUCGUCCUCUGCCCCAAGCAUCCCACGUGCAGCUGCUACUUUCAGAACUUCAACCUCUUUCUCAUCCUCAUCAUCUGCAACUCAGUCAUUGACCCGCUCAUCUACGCCUUCCGCAGCCAGGAGCUCCGCAAGACCCUCAAGGAGGUGAUUCUGUGUUCCUGGUGAGGAGCCAGACUGUGCUGUGAACGCUCCCGAUGCAGGCGGGGAGAGACCCAAUGGGACAGAGGCACGGAAUGCGCUUGUGAAGGGCAGCUUCUCAGCUGCAGAGGGGGCCAGACACUCUGGUCAGGGAGCAGAAGCUGCUCUAUCCCACGGCGAAGAGGGCCGGGUGGCUAGCCUGGCUUCCAACAUCUAAAGGGCCCUUCUGGGAAGGAUGCUGAGAUGGAGAGAAUGUGGGAGAGUGUUCCCAGGAUGGAACAAGAACAGAACAAUCCCCUGCAUCUGAUCCAUUUUUAUCCUCCAUUUGAGGGUAAGAUUUUAAACCCCAUCUCAAAAGUCUUGAAAUUCAGGCUAUUCCUGGGAUGAGUACCUGGAGCUCUGUUCCUUCCCCAUCCCCUCGCUGUCAUUGCUUCUGUCUACAAAGGAUACUGUGGCACCCAGGAGACAGGUUCUGCUGGAAACAUGAUACAACAACAACCGAAGCCGUGAAAAAGCAUUUGGAGUAUCCCCACCCCCGCCCCUCCUACCUCUCUCCCCGGGUCCAAGAAAUUGGAAUCUCACAGGACAUGCGGGGGCCAAGGGCAGAUGAUGGAGAGCUCUAAUAUCUCAGUUCCACUCCCAACUUGGCCACUGACUCAGUGCCCUGCUGCUGGUCAUCCCACUGGCCUGUGUCUGGCUUGACCUGGCUGGAUUGGUGAUGGCUUACUGAGGUUGUGUGGGAACUGUGGGAUUGAGAAUGACAAUAAACCCAAUCUGCUCAGAUGCCCUGUCUGACUGGCACUGGGUGGGAGAGGGGAAUUUAUGCUUGAGCUUCAUCAUUCCUUGCUGCUCUUUCAAACCACUAAAGGAGAGCUGGGAGAGGGGAAGGUAAACAAGUGAUAAAUAGACAGGAAGGGAAAUGCUAAGAACUGGGCUGAAUUUCCCAAAUCUUGCCUAUCUUAGCCCAGAGUCAGAGUAAAAAGCUUUCUAUUGAAUGAUACGAGG